CAGUAAGUCAUCAGUUUCCACCGAAUCGUAGAAACGAAAAAGUGCCAACAUGAAAUUGAUCGUUUGUUUGGCCUUAGUGGCUUUUGCGGCGGCUGUACCCGUCCAAAAACCCAUAAUCAUCAAGCCUGACCACGUGGAAAUCAUCAAGGAUAUCCCUUCUGCAGGAGUGCACUUCAAGUUCCAGUACAACCCCACUGAGCAGGACAGAUUCAACUAUCAACCCUACGGACAAGAAGGUAACGUCUACCAAAUCGCUCAGUAUAUAACCUACUUGUUCCACCAAUCCCAAAAGCUUGGUUACACCCCCCUGCAGUUCGCCAAAUAUUUAACUGAACAAGACUAUCCAGAGUAUGUGGUCAAAUUCUUGGUCGAGGAGUACGAAAACGGACUGUCCAAGCCUUAUUUCCAGGCACCAUACGAACUUUUCCACUACUACACUACCCAAGAGUUCACUCCAGAAUUCCAGAAAUACCUCUUGAAAAACAUCGAACAUGUCUACGAACAACUCCAAGGAUCUUAUCCCUAUCAUGAGCAAGAAUUCUCGGGAGUACCAAAACCCAUUAUCGAAUACUUUAACCAACAAGGUUUCACUUCUCAACAAGCCGAACUGAUUUACCAACAGCUUGUGCAAAUGGAAAAGUAUGCUCAAAAUGCCAUGCAAUUCUUUGUUAGUGGUCAGAUGUCACCACAAGCUUACCCAUACAUCUAUCAGCAACUGGAGCAGGGCAUGGAGGCCAUCCAGGAAGCCCUCCGUAUCUACCAAAUUUACGGAAACAAGCAACAAAUGUACGUGCCAUACUAUGCUGCCCAAUACUACAUUGAACAUGUCCAUCAAGCUUACCAAUACUUCCAAAAUGUCUACAACUACAUUCAGCAACAAAACCUAAUGGCUCAACUCCCCAAAUACUUCAUUGACCAAGUACAAGUGGUUUACUUUGCUGCCCAAAAAGCUUAUCAACUAAAAUUCCAACAAGAGGGCUUCAUGACUUCACAAUAUUACCCCGCUGAUUACUACUACAAGCAAGUUCUUCAAUACAUCCAGAUGGCACAGAAAUACAUUCAAACCCAAGGUGCUUUCCCGGAAUCUGCUUACAUCUCUGAACAACUCAAUCGGGCGUUCUUUGCCUAUCGUUUAGCUUACCAAUACUACCAGCAACGCUACAUGGUGCAACCAAUUGUGCAAUACGCUCAACAACAGAUGCAACAAGCUUACCAAUACUUGAACUUGGCUUACUUGGCGGCCCAAAAGGUUGGACAAGAGUACUUGGUACAAGAACUGCAGCAGGCAAUGAAAUAUGCUCAGCAAAUGCAAAUUUUUAGCUCAGGAUACCAGUACCAAUACACCUCAAUCCACCAGUUGACUCAGCAGAUUUUAGAUGAAUUCAGACAAUACGUGGCACAAGGAAUGGUACCGCAGGAGUAUGCCUACUACAUCAUCCAGCAGCUCGAGUAUAUUUUAAAAUACACUUACAACGUCGAACACCCCAGCCAGUACGUCGUCCAACAAGUCUACCAGUACUACCAAAACAUCUUCAGAUACAUCCAAGAGGGCAAACUUCCAGAAUUUAUUUCCAAGUACUUUUUCGACAAACUCCAAUAUGUAUUCCAACUUCUAAAUGGGUUUGAGUACCAAUAUGGACCAUACAGUCAACAAUAUCAGGAAUACAUGAAAACCCCGGCUCAGUACAAUUUCUUCAAGGGUGAACAGUACCAGUAUUACCCUUACCAAUAUGCACCAUUCGAGUCAUAUACCAAGACCCCAUUUGAAUACUAUAAAAGUGCGAACUACCCUUACCAGUAUGGACCAUACAGCCAACAGUACGAGCCCUACACCAAAACCCCAUUUGAGUACUACAAAGGGGAAAGCUACCCUUACCAGUACCAAUAUGGGCAGCAAUAUAUGAAGACUCCAUUUGCAUACUAUCAAGGCCAGAGCUACCCUCACCAGUACCAAUAUGACUUUCCAUAUAACAUGAACGAGUUCAGCUUUCCUUCUGCUGCUUAAAGAACUGCAUUGACCAAGUGGACUCUUAGGACGAAGAUCCUCUACUAUUUAGCUGGAUGUUCAAAUUUAAGACUGAUAAUUUGUAUGUUUAACAACGGAGUCUAAAUAAAAAAUUAUUUUAAAAUUAA